CUGCAAUACUACGACUAUCAGUAGGUACUGAAGGUAUUGUAUCCGGCGCGGUGAAAAGGUGGAUUUUCGGUACAUGCUGUACAUUUCGUUACUCCUGCUCUGACGAGUGGCCGGAUAGGGCAUUUCUUAACCUCAGCUACGACUGCUACGUGAGGAACGACUAACACCUGCUGAUCUUGAAGUUGGGGAUCAGGGUCCGGCAAGCAGUGCGCGGAGGCAUUUGAUAGACUAAUGGACCAGCCUGUAUGCGGACCCAUCACCAAUGGCACUGCCAACCUAGGACAUGUUGUUCUGGUCAAAAUUCAAGACGAAUGCCCGCCCCUGAAACAGACUCGGCGCCACACCUUCAGCAGCAGCAAGCUACAGGUGACUUUAUCACACCAGGACUUCAUGGCGUUUUCAUGCCACUGGCCACCACUCAAACGGCGAUUCCACCACAGCAAAACUAAGCAGAGUCACAGCUUGAUGAGCCUGACCUCUAAGAACCAUGCCCUGUCUCGGGAGAAACGUUCAUUGCAGGGAUUUCGACAUGAGAAUCCAAGCGGGCUGUCUUUGGGAUUCUGCCGGACUUGCAACCACUGUGUAGGUGCAGCGAGCCAAUCCGGGAGCCAGUCUGGGUGAGAAAGAACAUGAUGUUUAACCUGGAAUGAGAUUGUGGCUGGCGUUGCUAGCUGUCUCUGUGUCUGGACUCGGGAAGUACCAGUGAUAGAGAUACCUCCUAGUGGAGCCCGGUGAACGUAGGCCAACCUUGUAGGACCCUGUCGACAUGAGAUAUCAUAAUAGUGGGCAUUGCCUCGAACGUACCAGCCGGUGUCGAGACCUACAUUGGCACCAUCAAUUCAGCACCUCCCAACUGGAAAGGACCUGGGGCUGGGUUCAGACUUGAAUCUGGAACUCUGAAUCUUCAGGGUGCAUGACUUUUGUACUCGUUAGAAAUGUUUAUUUGAAAUGUCAUGGACCAGCAAGAAAUGAAUGACGAACGUCAAUUGAGAACCGAAGAUUGGUCUCACGGCGUGGGCCAUUCAGGGAAUCCAACACCUUGGUUGGCGGGUAAACGUUCGAGGCUAGCCAGAGCAUCACUUAGACCAGGUCAAACAACUCGGGUCUCAAGAGAUAUGGGACCUUCGAAGCCGAGCGGAAACAGAGAUUUGGGACGUUAUUCCCCCUCCGCAGUUUCUUAGCCGUGUUACAGUCACAGCUGAGCUCACCCUGCGUCCUUACCCUCUAGAGCUGCUCAAAGAGAGCCAAUCGAGACGUGCCAGAUUGAUAACCACAUGAUCCGACGUCCACAGUUCGAGAGUGGUAUGGCCGACGAGGAGGCCCAGGAAGCUGAACUGGGUGGGCUUCAAGUUGGGGAGCGUUUCGAGGAGCACCGAGUUUGACAACCACCCUCGCAGUAACUCCAUCUUGCGGGUCCACUUUUCAGCCCGAUGGAAAGUAGCACGCCAUGUCCGGUGCGGAGGCGUCCGAAGGAUCGAUCAAGCCAACCAGGGGCCACGCGAUUGUCCCAAUGCCUCUUCGCCAAGGGUCUGCGAUGAGUUUUUGACCGUCACCUUUGAGAAGCAGACUGGCAGUUCCACGUCUGCCAGAGCUGGACGAGGGAGGAGGCAUUCUACGGAAAAGACCUGAGAAAGCAUUCAGUAAACAGCCAGUCAAUGGCUAAAAGAGAGGCGGUAAGGUAAGAGCAGUCACAAUUGAAGUGAGUAUGAAUCGGGUCCAGAUGCUUCUAGCGGAGCUCAGCGCGCCGGAAAAGUGGCCGGUGGUUUAAUGUCGGCUAUCUUGUGAUGCUCGUGAAGCCAAAAGCAGAGUAACCGGUGGAUCGCAAUUGGACCGAGAGAUUGCUUCUUGCCUGUGUGCCAUGUUGAUCACGCGGGCUGCGGGAGUCAAAAGGCGGAGAGGACGAGAAAACGGAGACGACGGAGACGAGAUGCGGGUAGAAGCCGGGAGAAGUUGGUCCAAGUCGCGGCUAGGUACCCUUUAGGUACCUCUAGGCGCAGUUUAGGCGGUGAGGUACCGGAAGAAUACUGGCCUCUGACAGGCUCUCGGCGGCGCAUCGGGCACUUGCAGCCCAAGGACACAGCCUGGCAGCCGAUAAGCUGCAUCCUUGGAUCCCUGGAAUAAGCGAUGCGGGAGAAGAUCCAGAUCGUCAGGAACAGGGCGGUCCCAGGGAGAUUGAUCAUUCGGGACUGUACCGUCCUUUAUUGACCGUCUCGCAUCCACAUUGCAACGGGCCGGGUAAAAGGAUUGCAGUCUAUCAUUGUAUUUCUACUCUAGCAAUGCCAGUGCUGGUGGAUAUGCAAGAACUCAUUUACCUUAUGUUGAGGGUCUACCCCGGAUUGCACCUGCUCACUUACUUCACACUCUGAGCACCCUCCUGCGAUAGGAUCUACAAUGUUACAAUAUUCUAUGCUGGACGGACGCUCGCUGUUUCUGGUCAUCGUACCUAGUAUGUUUCCUGACAGGACAUACUUAUUAUAACUUGCCACGACUGCUAGGCUACCCGAAUCAGGGACCUUUCCAACCCUCGGGCUCCCUGCCUUGAUUUGGCAUAUUUGGCAUACUAGCGAACAGGACUGGGCCGGCAUUCAAUAACCAGGUCCGAAGGAGGAACAACCAACAUUCAAUCGGGCAGCAAGGGGUAGUCCUGCCCUGCUUAUCCCCUGGAAUGUCAUUGUAACGAACGAAUCGGCCACGAGAUGCCAACUCAGGCACGCCCUGGCCGAACGAUAUGGUUCAUCGGCCCAACCCUGGCACAUUCCGCCUCACCAAGCUCAAGUUGGGCACUACCGCUACGAUGAUUCCUAUUACUACCACAACAAGUCCACGACUAGGUCUGGACCGACUUGAAGUACCUAUGCUUCAGGCACCAAGCACCAGGCAUCAGGCGGUGUCGUCACGCCGUCUCCAACAGAUAGCAGCAUCCCCUUUUCUUUGCCAGGGUUUCAUCCAUUUCAGGGCUGCGACUAACGGCUGGUUCCUGACUUCCCCGGCCACUGACAGACCGGGCUGAAACGUAUCGGGACUCCCACCCCUGCGGUCCGCCUACCCGCCCGUCCGCUGUCCACUGCCACCGCCUUAUAGCUGGUUAUCCGAUCCCAAUCUGACAGGUAUUCUCCCUUGGAACGAUCCACUGCAACACUCGCAUUUCAUCGGGCAAAAAUGGGAAAAUCUGGAUGCCCUGAAUGAAUAUCCUGUCACAACAUCCGAACAUCACUAGGACCCUUGUCAGGCGUUUAUAAACCCGCAGGUAUUUCGCCAACCAUGGCAGCCGAAAUCCAGCUCCGUGUGCCCACCCAGCUGAACCCUACCUUGUAAGGGAAGGGGGAGAGGUGCCAGAUAACGGACCCUCCUGCGACGAAAAGAGGGAAAAGGGUCUCACGUCUGCCAAAUAAUGUGACCAGUCAGUUUACCUAUGGUACUAUUGCUUCCCACAUUGUUGCCUCAUUCCAGCCUCAGUCCUCAGAGUACUCUCGAUCACGGCGACGUUUCCUUCCCAGCGGCGGCUUCCACUGGUUUCAAAAAGGGGUGAGCCCCCCCCGUUCCUGGCCUGCGUUUUUCAUCUACUCUGCGACUUGCGAUCUGCCAUCUGCGACCUGCCGCUUUUUUCUCUCCGGUAUCUUCGCGCAAGUAUCUACUCAGUCACUACGUAUGCGCAUCGCAUACCGUCAGACAACUCGCCUUUCUCUUUCGAUACCUCUCUUACAGUCUCUUCCCAUGACAGCACCGCCUGUCUAGAGCCGGCCCAUCUCCUACUGCCCGACUGAUAGUACCUACCGACAGUACCUACCUCUGGCGAUCCUGCAAGGCAAGGCGUUGCGUCUCUUAGCCUAACAGCUCUACUUCGUCCUCGCACAUCCCCUCAACGGCGCCCGAGGCACACCAUCGAUCAAGAACCGCCUCUAUCAGCAGCGCAACGCAGCGCAUCGCAUCGCUCGACACCUCCCCAUAACGAUAUAAUCAUUCUGUGGACACAACUUUCGGUGUGGUGCGCAUGCGCCACCUCAACCCGAUAAUGCCUUCCUGCAUGGUUUCACGUCUCGAGGUUUCGGCGUCCCUGUGCGACGACGCUGAGCGGGAGCCAGACCCGCCGCGCUCCGUACCGCGCCGCGCUUUCCUCGAUCGGGUCGGUUCACCAUGGAGCCUCGUGAGCCUCAAGCCUUGCAAAGGAUCGACAAGGUGUUCACCCCUAUCAUGACCGAAAAUGCGCACCAUCAAUGCCAAACCCCAUAGCAACAACAUACUGGAAAAAGAAGGUCCGCUUGACUCGAAAUCCACUAGACGCGGAGUCCUUACGUCGCACCCUUAUGGCCAGGUCGAACCUUCCGAAACUUUGCGGAACAAGCGACAAUAAGAGCGCAAAGAGCAACAGUGAUUGGAGAAACUUGAUCUAUCAUCAGUCUUCAUUCAGAUAUCUAUGUACUCCUGGUCUCAUCUGAAAAACUGACACACGGACGCGGAAAAUGUACGAUGCGAACGAAUGAGGAAGUCGCUGGCGUGUAGGGAACUGUCAAUCCCCAGACCUGUACAACCUUGUGCCACAAGCUCGGCAUGGAGCAACCAAUGGGGCCGGCUUUCAGCUCCGACACAACUCAAGGCUCGCAGAUCGCAACAAGCUGGAGUCGACGUCCCAACUUCAUCCAACCCCUAAUCCUCACUCGCCAAAACCACAAAAUUUACAAGAAAUCCCUCCCGUCAUAAAACUUUUCCGCUCAAUCCCACUGCAAUAACACCUCCAUCACAGGUCACGGUCGCAUCUCGCAAUCAUAACCAUUCUACCGGGGUCAGCCUUCACCAGAUCCCUCCCAUGGACAAAGCGGCGAUCAAAGCGACCGCCCUUCGAAAGGAGAAGAGGCGCAUCUAUUAACAAUAAGUAAAGAAAAGAACCCAGAACCCUCAAAAACGCCGUCUGGAGAUGAGUCGUCCAAAACCUGGCAAUGCUGGAAUACGUGGAACUCGGACGAACGUGCCCGAACGCUUUGCAGAGAAGGUCAAAACAAACCCACGAUUUCAAACCACCUGCUGUCAAAGAUGCUAUCGAACUUUGUCGCAAACCCGAAUAACCCAUGGGACCAUCUUCCAGAGUGGUGGACCAAGAGUGAGGGCAUUUUCAGAUGCGAGGCUGCUUUUGUGUUGCGAAACGCUUAGCAGGAAUGUGAUCAGAGUUUUAUCCACGGAUAGCGGUCGGCGUGGGCGCUUCGGACAUCAAGGUAUGCUGCGCUGAUGAAUGGUAGGGAUAUCGAUACGACGCAGGCGAUUGAGGUCGAGAGCCGAAGUACGAACUCGACCGCGACAUUGGUGAGGACGACCGAGCGUGAUAGGAACCAGACGCCUUGAAUGACUGAGAAGUUGGAGUCGGAGACGAACUUCGAGUGGCGGUUGGAGUGGACGUGCCCGACGAGUUCGUUGAGUGAGGACUGCCGCCGGUGCUCAUGUCCCAGCGGUACACAUAGUCCCCCGCACCGUCCACCGUGCUCAAAGCAGUCUUCGUCAGAGGCUCAGGCGACUUGACUGUCCCAAACUGCAGCAAUAAUUAGCACUUCAAUGUGUCUUGACUUGCUCGCUGUUUCCCCGGGCACCUACAAAGCAGUACUUGUCCACUAGUUCCUGAUAGGACUGAGAGGUGAGUGGUGGCUUUUCUGAAACCAAAGCGGCAGGCUUGGAUGUCAUGGGCGCAGAGCCGGGAGCGGCAGAAGCAGCUGCGGCUGAAGAACCAUUGACGCCUACGUCGUGUCUGGGAGGAGCAGUGGCUACGCUCUUCGCAGGGCUGGCCGCAGGAACCUCGUGGGAAGACUGCUUUGUAUCUGUCCUCGAAGAGAAGCCGGAUUGUUCACCCAAGACCGCGUAGGCGUUGUUUUUGGCAGCCGACAGUGACGAGUUGAAGUCGUACCUAUUGCCAAAUGCAUUGCCUCCGCCUUGCUUACGGCGCGAAGGAGCAUCUGACAGGAGCUCAGUCUUGGACCGCGGGCUCCUCAGUUUGAGCUUAGGCUCGCCCAUGAGAGAACCUGCGGAUUGACCAAAGCUUCCAAAGCUGUCAAAACCAGUGGAGAAAUCAUCAAAUGACGUUGGCAAAGACUUUGGUCGCCCAGAAGAGGUAGGUGGCGAUGGUCGACUGCGAGGUAAGGCACUGACCGGCCGCGCUCCAAGUCCUGGCAUACUGUUCUUGCUCUGCUGGGUUUUGGGUUUCUUAGAGAAAUCAACCUGGUAGUUGAAACCACCGUUGUUAUCCCAGUAGUCCUGGCCAUUGACAGUAUAGCGAACACAGAAGAACAAUGUCUUGUUCUCCAGGUUGGCUUGGUCAGCUAGUCUGAUGGUGAAGUUGAAUCGAUCAAGUCCGUCAUUGUUUUGUUUCCGACGGACAUCGUUGUUGAAUUCAGCAACGACCUCCGAGGUGGUUUUCCAGUAGUCGAAGGUGAACCGAGCGACGACGAGUUUCUGGAAGGCGAGGUUUUGAACAGCAACGGUACCGAUCAGGUUCUUGUGGUCAGAAGACAAGAAAAUCCUCUCCACGAAGACAGGUUGUGAUUUGCGCGGUUCGGUGUCCGCUGGGAAGUUUGCCAGCCGCAGUUCCCAGUCAUACUGAGACCCACGGGGCCGUGCACUGGACUCGUCCGAUCCAAAGGGGAACUCAUUCUCACUCUCAUAGUUUUCCACAGGUGAUGACCCAGCACUGACUGCCAGCGGUCUGUCGACUUGGAGAAAGUGUCUGACGUGUUCGAGGUGCGAGUCGAAGUGAACCGCUUUCGAGUAGGUGGGAGUGCCAGGCAUGCUCGACGGCCGUCUCCGGGAUGAUGGUCGCAGAGCCGGACGAACCAGUUCGCCCGAUUUCUUGCGGACCAUUGGGGGACGAUUAGUGGGAGACCGAGACCCGUCACUGUCACUCUCUUCAGGCUGCUGUGGAAUUUCUAGGGGAGGAGGUGUUUGGAUGGUGGGGGUCUCGAAGACGAUGCUUGACUCGGUGGACGAUCGAGAGUGGGAGAUCUUGCGGGCUUCCUGCGACAGAGGCGGCCUCUGCGUCUCCGCACUCGGCGAUUGAGCUUGUCGAUCGUCUUGGGAGCUUGCUGGUUCUUCUUUUGAGGUGGUGGAGCCAUUUUGGUUGGCUCUGUUCGGUGAGCCCUCUUUUCUUUGUUCUAUUGACCUGAUGGCAGCGUGCAAUGCUUCCAGAUUCUCCAACUCAAGAUCCCUCGUUCUCCCACGUUGGGGCUCUUCAUCAUCGCUUGAGUUGUGGGAGGAUUCGGGGGGCGAGAUGGUCAUGCCUGCGGGUAUCAAUGCAUUGUUCACAGGUGGAGGCGACUUGCGGAUGCUACCGUGGGGGUCAAAAGUCCCAUUUUCUUGAAAGGCCUCGCCGUUAUAUACAAUAUCGUUCUUAGCCUCGGUCAAGGAGGGACUUCUCCGGUGUUUGGUGAGAUAGGAGGACGACCCGCUGGAACGGGGGAGGUUUGGUCGACCGGGGGAAGCAGGCUGCUCCGGGGAUGAUGGAAAUUGUCCUUUGAUGUAAGAGUGAGACCUGCUCGGGGUAGGACUGGGACGUUUCGAAGCUGCGGGCGAAAGCUGGGAGGGAGGUGUGUAAGGCAUUCGGUCAGUUGUGUGGUCAAAACACCCGAACCGGGAGCUGCAGAGUAGAGCACGCUACGAGGCUCAUCAAGAGCAGCCCGAGGAGGGCCGAAGAAGAUUGUGGGGAGAAGACAGUCUAAUAUAGAGAAUUUCCAGGUCAGUAUACGGUCAAAGCAUGGUGACAAUAAAAAUAAGUGAGGUGGUAGGAGCGUUGUAGGCGGAGGAACGUCGUACGAGGUGAGGAUGAAAGUUGGCAGGCUUUCGUCAGAGCGCAGCCACGUUUGAUCCGCUACCACUGGCAGCGCGGGUUUUGGAGGGCCUCACGAAAUUGGACGCGGUCUUUGCGUAAAACUAGCAGAGACUUGUACAGGAAGGCACUUACUAAUUGAUGGAAGCAGGCGCGAGUUCGGAUCUCUCGAGUGCUAAUAAGCCUAUCGAGAGGGAGGUUUCAGGACGUGAAGCUGUCCCGUCACUGUGGUUGCGUUGCAGGGAGUCGAAUCACACCACGGGACCAGAGAUCAACCGUACAGUAUGAGCUUCGAAGAUGUUCUGCACGGGAGACCGUAACAGGGCGUCUGGAAGGAGUCGAAGCAGACAAGAGUGCAAGCGGUAACAAUGCACUUGUUGUAGCCGUUCUCUUGUUUUCUUUGUUGGAGGGCGAGGGAUUUUCCACGCUGAUCCGGACUGUUUCGCUUAUCGGGGACCAACCACACCACGCGCUCGCGGUGAUAUCCCAAUUAUGAUAUUCCUGCGGUUCAGUCAAUUCCAGCUCUUGUCUUCGUCUGGUCGAAGAUGUCGGCUGGCACAGAGCCUGAGGGAAAUAGAGGAAGAGGUGGUUGAUGUGUGAAAUGGUGCAAAGGGAAGAGGACGUGGAUUUGAGCGGUGGAUAAACGAUGGGCGAGGAAAAGCUGGCGAGCCGGGCGCCAAAGGUGUUGAGUCUCGAGCGGGCCUCAGAGCAAGCAGCUCCCGGAUCUGCGGUGAACGGUGGGCGACAGGACUGAGGGCGAGGGAGGGAUCCAGUGCGCAGCUGGCAGGGAUGGAGUGCCAAAGCCUGGAGUAGUGAGUGGCUGCAGCGCAGGUGGGCGAGAGACAGCGAGGGCGCGGCUCGAGCGCAGACUCGGAGGCGAAGAGUUGACAAGAAGCGCAGCAGGGAAUCUGAUGCUAAGCUGCAGGAUGCAGUAGCGCAACUGAAAAGUGGGCAGCUCGGUGGCGUAAGAAUUCAAGCGUCGAGGACCCAACAGAACUUGACAAGCCAAGGCUGCACCUAAACAACUGGCAGAGGCACUAAUGGCGGGUGAGCAUGGGGCAGAGGAGUCGACGACGCGGUUGUGGUUUGGUCUGGGUGAAAAGGUCAACGCCAGGCGGAGUUGUCCAAGAGAAGGCAGUGGGGAUCGGCUUGAUAUCAGGAGUCGGAGUCGUACGAGUCUCAUGCAAGACUGGGAGGGAGGGUAAUAAGUGAGCGCCAGGCGGGCCACCAAAAUCCCAGGCGGUGCGUACAGUAGUGAAGAUGUUCAGAUGCAGAAGCGAACACAGAACGCAGAGUUGCAGCACUGCAGCUUCUUAUGUGGCGAUGUGUACCUGUUCUCUACAGUGUGUUUGCCGCAUCAUGAUGGCUACGAUAUGUCUUCCUUGUCCGGUGGGAUUACAAUGUACAGUUGUAUUAUUAUCGCAAGCGAACUGCUCCAACAGAAUUUGUGCAUAAGUGGAUGGCAAUUGUGUGGCGGGGGAGACCGGAGAAAUUGGUCUGAAACGUUUAUGGGACUGAUUAGUCGUGCAAAAUGCGCGAACACGG